AUGAAGAAGGCGUUUCGGUGGUUUGGUGCAAGUAGCGACGACCUCGCGUCGUCUCGUGCGACAGCCGCCUCAGCGUCCACGAAUUCCCAGCAGCAGAGUGCUCCCCUCGCCGCCGCCACCUGCCGCAUGACGCCUGCAACUGCCACUGCGGCCCUUUCAGCACCACAGUCACGCAUUUCUUCGCACGAGUCCUCGGUGCGCAAGACUCCUUCUCUUUCCCACAACGCCAGCUCCAGCACUGUGAAUCCCCCCACCGCCCACGGCUAUCGCGUAUCUACUGACGCUCUUGCCACCACCGCUACCAUCUCUUCCGCCUCAAUUCCAUCUUCACCCUCACCAUCCACCUCAUCCUCCCCCUCUCCUCUCCUUUACUCAUCACACUCUCUCUCGCCUACGCCACAGCCAGCCACUCCUCAUUCCGCAUCCCCCGACGACAGCCUUCACAGCGACUUCGACCUCUUCCCCCACGCCCGCCUUGUCGACUCGGUUGCUCACUGCAGCCUGAAGGAGGUCUCCAAAUUGCCGUCGCCUGUUGUCGUUCAGCCGCUGUCGUCGUCGGCCUCCCCUGCCGUCCUCACUCCCUCUUCGCCCGCUGUGACUGCAUCCCCUGCGACAAUCGUGCCCUUGAAUCCAUCGGCCCAUCGACGUCUUCUGUCGUCGUCGCUUGCUGGUAGCUCUCCGCCGAGAAAGCAUCGUCGUCUUUUUACCGACGACCAGCACCGUGGCACUAGUCGCUACGAGACGGACGACCUUGAGCGCCCCUCUCCGACGUGCCCCACCAAGUCUUCUCAAACGCCGUCAACUACAUCCUCUACGCCAAUCUCGCCCUCAACCACAUCCACACCCUCGACCGUCAGACGGACAUCGCCCGUCGGCUUCGACGCCGACAUCGACAGAGACAUCAAGGAAGGGAACGUGAUAGGAACACCAACCGCCUUUGCCCUCGGCAUCUCCGUCAACUUUCGUCGCCCUGUCUCUUUUCGCAACCACAGCCCUCACACCCCUGAGAACCAUCAAAAGAACGUCAACAUGACGUCCAGUCACCCAUUCGAGACCGCCAUGAAUCGCGGCCGCCAGGACUCCUUUGUCAGCGCCGGGCCCAAGCCCAUCUCCAUGAUCAACCCCAACCGCACCGAUGCCCACCGCGCACGGCGCGAGAGCCUUGCGGGCAGCCUCAUGGGCGGCGGUAUGAGCUGGGGCGGACUGUCUGUCAGCAGCUUCAUUCGGGACGAGAUGAUGGGUGUUUCUAUGGGCACGUCGCCAAACAUGGCGGCCCACCAAUCGCCAUCUCUACACUCCACCUCGUACCUCCCCAAGAUGGAGGCCAACUUCAUGCGGGAUUUCAUGUGCUGUGACCGUAUCUGGCCCACCAUGCACGACCUCCUUCAGCACUACGAGGAAAGCCACACCCGCCAGGCGCCGUCGACCUCGCGUCAUGUUGGCGGCAAUACGCUGUCCAUCCCGGGCAGCCAGCGUAAUGCCAACGGUGCGUCACUCGGUGUCCCCGGCCAGUCCAACCUUCAGGCCAUUCAGCAAGGUCAGCUCGGGCAGGCAAGCAGCCGCCCGGGUGGCGCGCCCGCCAACGGCAACGGCAACGGCCUGAGCAUGGGCCUCGGUGUCGGUGGUUUCCAGCAGAUGGUGCGCCAACAGCAGCUCCAGCAGCCAGCCGGUGGUGUUCAGCAGCAGCAGCAGCAGCAGCAGACACAUUCCGGACAGGCUACACCAAUAGCCCCUAAGCACCAGGCGCUGGCGAUGAAUGACGACAUGGACGCUGUGGGCGACAUGGAGAUGGACGAUGCCGUUGGUCACAUGGACAUGGACGACAGCAGCAGCAGCAAUCAGCGCACCAUCCAACAGACCCGCCAGCUGUUCGGCCAGCAGCGGCCACAGCUCAACCUCAACAGCAGCGGCCUCGCCCACCAAGCCCUGCGCACAUCCAACCCGACCACCCCAGCCGCGGCGAACUUUGGUUUCGCCAACAACCCGACGGUCUCGUCGGUCAACACUCCCACCCUUAGUACCCAGCAAGGCUUUCCCAACCAGACGCAGUUCUCCCACGAGUCCACGCCGGACUUGGACGACGACGAGGACGUUGCCGGCCUCGGCCUCAAGAUGGAUCUGGGCAACAUGGACAUGACCAACAACUUUGGAAUGGGCUUUGCGAACAACCUGGGCGGCCUUGAUUUUAGCACCAUCAACGACCCUGCGAAAAGCUUGUACAGUCCCAAUGGUGCCGCUGGUGGUGGAUCCCCGCAGCUCAGCCAGCAGCAGCAGGCGCUGGCGCAGCAGCUGGCCAAUUUCAAUCUCGACCAGUCGCAGUUCCCGCCGGGUACGGACACGGCGGCUCUUCUACAGCAGAUGAGCGCCGCCUUCCUGCUGCCUGAAGAGCCCAAGCCCUUCCGCUGCCCUGUCAUUGGUUGCGAGAAGGCCUACAAGAACCAAAACGGCCUCAAAUACCACAAGGCCCACGGCCAUGCAACCCAGCAACUGCAUGAGAACGGUGACGGCACCUUUUCGAUUGUAAACCCGGAGACGUCUGCGCCGUACCCGGGCACCAUGGGCAUGGAGAAGGAGAAGCCUUUCAAGUGCGACUAUUGUGGCAAGCGCUACAAGAACUUGAACGGUCUCAAAUACCACAAGCAACACUCGCCGGCGUGCGACCCCGAGGUUCUUGCCCAACAGCAGAACCUUCUGUCAAGCAUGGCAGCGACGCUGGGUCAGAACCCGAUGGGGCUCAACCUUGGUGGCAUUCCCACAUUGCCAAACAUUGGGGAAGAACAAAUGAACUAA